AUGGCGGCGGCCGCGCUGUGGGGUUGCCGGAAAUGCCUUUUAAAUGUAUGGCUUGUAUCCGGACGCAGCUCAGGCCCCUUGCACCAUGCUUUCCUUGUGCAUCGAACUGGCAGGCCUGCGUUGGAACUCUACCAGGCUCGAUGUUCCUCCUCCUCCUCCGGAGGCCGAAAAGGUUUUAUCUCCGGCUUUGUGGAGAAUAUUAAGCAGGAACUGGCCAAAAACAAGGAGAUGAAGGAGAGUAUUAAAAGGUUCAGAGAUGAAGCGAAGAAGCUGGAAGAGUCGGAGGCCCUGCAGGAAGCGAGGCGGAAAUACAAAACAAUAGAGUCUGAGACAGUCAAGACCUCUGAAGUCCUUAAAAAGAAAUUUGGAGAAAUCACGGACUCAGUCAAAGACAGCUUCGACGAAGUCAGUAAGAGCGAUAUCGGCCGGAAGAUAAAGGAGGGUGUGGAAGAAGCCACCAAAACCGCGAAGCAGUCUGCGGAAUCGGUCACCAGAGGAGGAGAGAAGCUGGGACGGACGGCAGCGUUCAAGGCCAUCUCCCAGGGCGUGGAGACGGUCAAGAAAGAGAUUGACGAGAGUGUCCUGGGCCAGACGGGGCCUUACAAGCGGCCGGAGAGGCUCCGGAAGCGAACAGAGUUUGCUGGCGAGAGGCUGAAGGAGGAGAGGAUAUUUGAAGCCAACGAGGAGGCGAUGGGCGUGGUUCUCCACAAGGACUCCAAAUGGUACCAGCAGUGGAAGGAGUUCAAGGACAACAACGUGGUGUUCAACCGUUUCUUUGAAAUGAAAAUGAAAUACGACGAGAGCGACAACGCCAUCAUCCGGGCCUCGCGCGUCGUGACAGACAAGAUGACAGACUUCAUCGGCGGGCUGUUCUCCAAGACGGAAAUGUCGGGGGUCCUGACCGAGAUCCUCCGCGUCGACCCAAACUUCGACAAGGACCAUUUCCUUAAGCAGUGCGAGGACGACAUCAUCCCCAACAUCCUAGAGGCCAUGAUAACCGGAGACCUGGAUAUCCUCAAGGACUGGUGUUACGAGGCGACUUACAGCCAGCUGGCACACCCAAUUCAGCAAGCGAAAGCGAUGGGGCUUCAGUUCCACUCCAGGAUUUUGGACGUUGACAAUGUAGACCUCGCGAUGGGCAAGAUGAUGGAGCAGGGACCCGUGCUGAUCAUCACUUUCCAAGCUCAGCUAGUCAUGGUGAUCAAAAACCAGAAAGGGGAAGUCGUGGAAGGAGACCCAGAGAAAGUUCUACGGAUGCUCUACGUUUGGGCGCUCUGCAGAGACCCGGACGAGCUCAACCCUUACGCUGCGUGGAGGCUGCUGGACAUUUCCGCCUCAAGCACUGAGCAGAUCUUAUGAGCUCGGCGUCUCCUCUGCCCGAACAUCCUGCCAGACCACGGGAGCAGCACGUUUUUCCUCGCACGGAGGCCAGACAGGAGGGCAACUUGGGGGUGGCGCUGCUUUGCCGAGGACGCCGGGGGUGGCGGCUCCAAGGCCGACAGCGGGGAACGACUUGGGUGUCGGGCAUUGGGUGUUUCCUUGACGCUGGAGCAGUGUGCCAAACCCUCAGGAGUUUCUUGGCCUCGCCGUUGUGGGGGGACAAGCGAGGAAAGACCCCUGCUUCGGAUCGCGGCACUUUGCCAAAGCAGCCCGGCUCGUCGUCCCCAUUUCCCCUGCGCUUCAGGCGGCAGCCUGGCCCUGCACGGUGCCCACCCGCCAGCAGAACCAAAGAGACGCUUGUGCCACCGUGGAUGUUGAAGGCCCGAACUAUGGUUGCGGAACGGGGAAGCGAAAUCGCUCUAUGGGGCAAGGGAAGGUCUUUCAGCAUGGGUUGCUGCUUCAGGGAAUGGAGGGUCCUGUCCCCCCACCCCCCAUGGUUGCCCUUCCGCUGCAAGCUUGGCACACGGAGCAGUUGGGAGGGGGCUGCGGCUGUGAGGGGUUGUGACGGCCCUCAGCCACAAGACACACACAUACACUCUCCACCCCGCCUGCCCCAAACACUCGGAUUCGGCCUGAUCUGGGCAAGUGGUAUCAUGGCAAUAGAUUCUUCUACCACCUCUUUAAAUUAAAUAUGUAUAG